CCAUCCGUCCCAAGUACUUUUAUGACAUCAGAGGUACGUGAACGAAUCACAUUCGCUCCGUUUGAAUUUUGACAGUUGGGUCAGAAUUCAGGAAGAAACUCUGCCGUUAGGGGAAACUGGGGUGGAAUACAACCUCUGGAUGCUACUGCCAGCGAUUCCCAGCGUCGCAUCCAUAUCAGACAUUUAAAACACAUGGCUUCCCCCCCCCAAAAAGAAUCCUGGGAACUAUAGUUUAACCCUCACAGAGCUACAGUUCCCAGCACCCUUAACAAACUGCAGUUCCCAAUCAAAAAAGGGUGGCAUUCAACUUAAGUUUUACUCAGAAAAGACCUAUUAACAUUAAUGGAUCCCAGUCAGGGUCAUUAAUUUCAGUGGGGUCUACUCCGAGCAAAAUUUAUUUGAAGAUCAUUCCAAGUUUGCAAUCAGCCAUGCUCCCUCCUCCUCCUUCUUGCCAUUGUUUGCUGUUUUAUACAGUAAAGGUAAAGGUACCCCUGACCGUUAGGUCCAGUUGCGGAUGACUCUGGGGUUGCAGCACUCAUCUUGCUCUAUAGGCCGAGGGAGCCAGCAUUUGUCCACAGACAGCUUCUGGGUCAUGUGGCCAGCAUGACUAAGCCACUUCUGGUGAACCAGAGCAGCGCACAGAAACGCCGUUUACCUUCCCGCCGGAGAGGUACCUAUUUAUCUACUUGCACUUUGACGUGCUUUCGAACUGCUAGGUUGGCAGGAGCUGGGACCGAACAAUGGGAGCUGACCCCAUCACGGGGAUUCGAACUGCCGACCUUCUGAUCGGCAAGCCCUAGGCUCUGUGGUUUAGACCACAGUGCCCCCUGCGUCCCUAUGUUUAUACAGUAGGGUGGCUCAAAAGUAGGUAUACUGCUUCAGAAGCCACUUUCUUUUUUCUUGAUUCAAGUUCUCAUCAUUCACAAUAUCAGUAAAGAAAAAAUAUUUAUUUAUUUGCUCGUUUGUUUGGAUAUACUUUAUAAUUUAUCCUCUUCUGCUAGUCACAAUGUGGAACAAACCUACUAAAUAUUACUGUUGGCCUUCCUUUGUUAGUUAAUGGUUCAGAAUGGUUGGCUGACAUUUCCUCAGUGAUAGUGAGCGAAUGGUUAGGAGAUAUUUGGAGAUUAGCUGAAAGUUGAGGCAUUGUGGGGUAUAUACAUCUCUCCUUUUGGGAUCUGUGAUGUUUCCCCAAUGUUACUGGAUUAUUGCUGUCUGGAGGGGAACUCUUGCACUAUUAUGCAACAAAAGCAAGACAAAACACACACAUUUGUGGUAUGAAAUGUUUACAGAAUUUCAGCAGGAAGCUAUAGGACCUGCACUGACCGGAAAUAAAGCAGAAUAUAUCCACCCUGAAACUCUUGUAGGGACAGACGAUAUUGAAAGUAGGAUUGCAUAUAACUACCUCAAUGGCUUCAUGACCACAAAUUAUCAUGAGUGCACUAUAAACAGGACACCUGGAGGGGCAUCCAAUGUUACAAAAAUGCUCCCUUCUCAAGGAAACAAAAACUCAGGGAGUUUGGAACUUUUCACUGCUAGGCAAAGUAGGGAGCAUGUAAUAAUAUAACCCCAAAAUCUUGAUUUGGUUAAGUUCACAUGAUUAGAUUCUUUUACUUCAGCUCAAGAGUAGGUUAAGUGCCAAAAAUUCCUCCUACAUUUCUCGCAGAACCAUUUCCCCACAACAACACUAGUUCAAGCACAACAUCCCCAGAAUUUGGGAAGAGAUUCAAAUCCUACCUGAAUCUUCCUGGAUUCAGCGGCAUAUCCUAAACGUCAUUUAUACUGCCCCUUACUAAAGAAAUAGUUGGGAUUUAUGAAUGAAAACAACAUAUUUUGUUUAUUCUUCAUAAAAUGUGGUUUAAAGGAAUUUCUCCAAUAUCAUUCCACUUUUUUUUUUGCAGCCAAAACUAGGUUUACAAUGAUUGCUACCUCUAAGAGUUUUGUUACCGCUGAAAUAGUGUCCCAACUCUCUGAAAAAUGGGCCACCAUUCCGGAAGAGGAUGACGCAGAAGAGACAGAAGAAGAGGUUAAUGUUGAUGUUCGUGCUGAUGUUGGUGUUGAAGAGGUAAUAGAGGAAAGGUUGGCAGAUGAAGAACCCAAAGAGGAGGUGGUUGUGCCAGUGCAGAUCACAGACCGCAUCUUUUUUCUUGAUUUGGCCAACAAAAAACUGGAAACCAUCCCAUGGCAGGUUUUUGAACUGGAAGACUUGGAGGAAUUGCAUCUGGAGAGAAAUAUAAUCAAUAGUAUCCCAGAAAGUAUAAAUCGGCUUAGAAAUGUGAAAGUCCUUUAUUUGAAUAAGAACAACAUACAAGACCUAUGUGAGGAACUUGGAGAACUGAAAAGUCUUCAGAGCUUGGAUUUAAGCAGUAAUCCACUCCCUCUGAGUUCACUGAAUAUCAUUAGUAAAUUGAGGGCACUUUGCCAGCUUAGAUUAUAUGAUGUCAACCUGGAUGAAUUUCCAGUGGAAAUCUGCAAACACCUCCAUCAUCUAGAAUUGCUGGGACUCUCUAGUAACAAUCUGAAUUGCCUUCCCAAGGAAAUUGUCAAUUUGACCAAACUGAAAGAGAUUUAUCUAAAGAAGAACAAAUUUGAAAAUUUCCCACCAGAACUUUUUCAACUCUCUAAUUUAGAAAUAGUAGAUCUAGAAGAAAAUAGUCUGAGCCUCAUUCCAGAAGAGAUUUCCUCCCUGCAAAAAUUAUCCCAGUUCUUUGUUGCAGUUAACAGCCUAGCAUCUUUACCCGAUACAAUGAGUAAAUGCCCAAACCUAUCUGUGCUUGAUUUGUCCAGUAACCUCCUGCGCAAACUUCCACGAUCUUUUAAGGAACUGACAGAGAUGAAGGAAUUUUCAAUGUCUCGGAAUAGCCUGGCAACUUUCCCGCGCCAGAUUCGCCGCUGGAGGUCGCUCAUUGUGGUUUACUUGAAAAAUUGUGCCCUGGAAGCGCUGCAUCCUUCUUUUGCCAAGCUAACCAGCUUAAUAAUACUAGAUCUAAGUGAAAAUCUCCUAGAAGUGUUUCCAAUAGAGAUUUGUUCGUUGGAAAAUCUGGAAGUGUUGUUACUUGAUGACAACUUACUAUGUGAGGUAAUUGAAAUUCAGUUAAAACCUUAUUUUAAAAAGCAGGGGCACCAGGGCAAAACUACACAUGUUGGCAGCAGACAAAUGUCCAGAUGUCACUCACUGGGAUGGGUGGAGCCAUUAUGCUAGCAUCCCUGGAGCAGUGUUGCAGAGUGAUACAAGCAAAAAGAAGAAGAAAAAGCCUUACACCAAGGAGUUUAUAAUUUAAAAAUUGUAAACUGCUUUUAGAAAUCUCUCUUUAAUGUUUGCAUGCCUGUUUAUUUUCCGGAUUACCUGAAUCCAGGUAAUCCACUUCCUGAACUUCUGUCAGUCUUGGCUUUCUAAGCAGGCAAUUAGACUCUGAGAUACUCUAUUAUUACAGCACCAUCUAUGUGGGAGGGGCUCCUCAUAGAGAUUCAGGUGAGCCCUUCCCAACCUUCAUCUUCACAGAGUUAAGGAUUUGCAGGCUUGGGCGAUUUCCGGCGCCGUGCUGUGCUGCGCCAGUUUAGUGCAGUGUGCGGGGACUCGCCGAGCGGGCGGCUCGGUUCAGUGGCGGUUCGUGGUCUUGUUAAACGACCCCUGUGGACUGAUUGUGGCCCAUGGGCCUUAGGUUGCCGACCCCUGGACUUGACAGUUGGUAGUGUGUGUGCAUCACAGGUACCAACUCCCUGAAGGGGCUGGGCACCCACAAAUUUCUGUGCAAGGGCCAUGCAUGCUCAUGGUACCAAUGCCCCCAGGUACCCCAAUGGCGGGGCCAAGCUGGCACUCCUUGCGUGCAUGCAUGUGUAUAAGUUCAGGGGGAGCCAAUAAUGGGGGAAAAGGGAGACAGCUGGCUAGCUGGAAUUCUGUACAGGAGCAGUCCAUUUUGUAACAUUUUGUUGCAUGUCCCACUUCAGCAUACUAAUAGUGAUCUAAGUUCCCCCAUUGCUGGUCCCGCUAUCAGCAGCCAUUCUUAUUUAUAUAUUUAUCGCUUUAUGAUUAGUGGUGUACAUAAAAAUAAAUCAUGCAGAUAAUAAAACAAUAAGAAUUAGGGAAAUGUGGGGAAACUCAAGGUUUGCCCAAUUGCAAUCAAAUGUCUUGUGGUGGUGGAGAAGCCAUCUGGGGAGACACUCAUCCCGCAAAACUAGCCCAGUGGGCAUGGAAUAUACUGACAGUUGGGUGUGUGUGUAGUUUUGCAGGUGGAAUCCCAAACAGCAGAACUCCCACUUCUUGUCCUAAAAGGAGUUUGGGGUUUUGUCACAAGAAGAUUUGCACCCAGCUUUCUGUACCCUGCUAUGGGAGGAUAAUAAUGCUCAUUUCUUUGACUUGUAGUGGAGUGUUGCAGUUUGAGAAAUCUCUAUAUUUAUAUGUUUCAAUAAAUUGUGUGUGAAGCUAUCUCCAGCAGUGCUCAGGCUUUGUAAGCUGAAAUGCCUCAGUCUGACCGGCAACAAGUUCACCUCGUUCCCGGAAGAAAUAUUUGCAAUUGGAUCGCUGGAGAAACUGUACAUGGGGCAAGACCAGGGAACCAAGCUUACAGUAAUACCAGAAGGCAUCAGUAAGUUAGAGGUAAGAAAAUGAGCAAGGUUUGGAUCUCAAAAGUAGCCUUCCCUUGUCGCCCAAAGAAACCUAUAUGUAUGUGAAUACACAGACAACAUAUAACGUAAAACCUUUUCGGACCAGUGGGCGCAUUUGAGAUUUCAAGAAUGCGCUGUGGGAGUGAGUCAUAAAAUGGUUGCCAUGGGAUGUGUGAUAUAACAGAAAAGGGCUGCCAUGGGGGUGUGGCGUAACGCAAAAUUGGUUAAUGGCACUUCCAUAGUGUUAUGCAUUCAGUGGUCUGUGUUUGCCUGAGCUUGAGUCUGGACUAAGGAUUCUGAGCUCCUAUGUUCUGGUUCAAUACAUGAUAUCCAGUCACAGAACAUUUCAGGAUUUGGGCCUCUGCCAUUGGCCCUUAAACUCUGAGUUAUGAUUUGCAGCUUGGAAGUUUAGACAGCCAAUCAUGUUGGAAGUAGGAGUUCCACCUACCCCACGUCAGGUUUCUGAUCCAGAUCAGCACACAGUCCUACUCUAUCUGCAAUUUACUUUUUAAAAAGCAAUUUGUGCAAUUGUUAUUGGUGGUAUUAUGUCUAGAUUGGCCCAGAGAUGUUAGAAACGGGAUAUAAAGCAUUCCUCCAGGACAGGAGCAGCCAAAGCCUAUUUGCUGCCUGAGGCGAAGAACAAAGUGGCACAUUCUCCACAAAAACUGACUAGACUGGUAGUUGAGUCUUACUUCAGCACUGAUGAUGGAGCAGAGUCCCCCAGUUCACCCCAGGGCAGCAAGUUAGCUUAGGAGCUGCAGGGUAGAACACAUGACAUGCCUUUUGCAACCACUUUCUGCCCCUCAGAAUUUGCUGCCUGAGGCAGCCGCCUCACUUUGUCUGGCUGAAGCCAGAAAGAUUAGAAAGACUUCUAUGCCAUGCAGAAACCUGCAAUCUGGUACACACAUAUCUCACAAAUAGGGCCGGCCUGGGACGCUUCGCCAUUUGAUGCAGCUCACCACUGUCACACCCUGGCUGCCUCCUCCAUGGCAGAGGAGCUGAGGGUGGGGCAAACCUGAGGCAGAGGCAGCAGAGGAGCCCCUGAGUCGGCAGGGGCACCCAUGGUAGCAGAAGAGGUAGGGUGUGCCCAUGGCGGAGGCACGGCAGCAGCGAGCCAGGCAGUCCUCACGCUGGCCCUGCCCACAACACUGCCUAUUUGCAAGGUCUUUAAAAAUUGAGGCAUUGGUACAGCUAGCUGUCAAAAUAUGGGAUGCAAAUUUUUGCCACAUAAUAGAGGCCAGCACUGCAGAACUUACCAAGUCAAGCCAAAAGCGUAUUCCUACAUUGCAGGCGGUUGGCCUAGAUGAUUCUCAGGGUCCCUUCUAACUCUAUGAUUCUAUGAAAACAUAAGUAGGGGGCUGGGCUGUUGGAUUUGAGAGGAUUUGUCCAAUAGCCGAUUUGGAUCUAUGCUUGAAGAACACAAACUGCAUUUUCUAGUAGAGAUGCUCUGUAUACACUAGAAUGCAUAUUUGAAAUUCACAGUAAUGCUUUAACUACAGUGCCCAGAAUUCUUUGAGGGAAAGAAAGUGCUUUGAAUGUUCUUUAAAGGUAUAGUGUAUGCACUGUUCAUGGUUGCAAGUUUAAAUUGUUAGAAUAAUGGCAAACUGAUGUUUAUUAUGGUUAAUGGCAUUUAAAAUCAUCACAAUAAGUAAUAAACUGGCGAGGACCAAAAAUUUUAAGCAGUGGGGCCAGCACCUUAAAAGGAACAUUUGCUUAUUUUUUGAUCCUGUUGUGCUUUUGGUGAGACUCUUCAGGAAUAUCAGAAUUUGCUUUAUACUGAAUCAGACCCAUUGGUCCAUCUACUAGUUCAGUAUUGUCUACAGUGACCACCAGAGGUUUUCCAGGGUUUCAGGCAGGGAAAAUAGUUAACCAUACCUGGAGUUGCUGGCAAUGGAUUCUGGAGCCUUUGCAUGCAAAGCAGAUUCUCUACCACUGAGCUACAGCCCCUUCCCCUGAAAAAAUAAUGGAGAAGAAAAAAGAUUGGAGACGCCUUCUCCGUCUAACAGAGUGGUAGGUUAUAUUCCAUAAAUUAUAAGUUACCUUACAGAGAACACAGGUGAGUCUCUACACAAAUAUAUAUUCAAAAUGCAAAUUAUGUGUAUUUUCCUCCCCCAGAACCUGAAAGAAUUGUACCUUGAGAACAACGAUUUGGAGUAUCUUCCCCCAAGCAUAGGCUCGCUGCAUAAGUUGGAAGUACUUGACCUUCACAACAACUAUCUCAUAGAGCUACCUGAUCACAUAUGCGAACUACAAGGUAAAAGCAUAGAUAAAAGCAGGCUCUGCAUGAAGGCAGAACUCACAGCCAUAGCUUCCUUUGCCAAGGGUACCUCUUGUCAACCCCUUAUAAUGUCUUUCAAGUCCCAAUUUCCUCCAAAGCUAAAUUUAAAAUACAUUCUUGCUUUGCAUAAUUUAGGCUGCAAUUCAUACUCCUGAUUUGCCUUGCUGCGGGUGGAGAGUGAGGUUUCAGUGGGGCAGAGACCUCCCUCCGCCAGCCCAAAACAGCUCAGUUGGGGUCACCCCUCCGGUGCACAACUCCCUGUUCCACCUGCCAAAAGUGUGGGCAAGAAGAAGUACCCUUCAUAGGAUUCCCACUGGUGGUAGGCCUACAGAAAGCCUCAAAAAGGGGUGUUCCAGGGGAGAACUCCACGGCUGUCACUUGACAUCAAACCCAAUCUGAUUCUGAUAGCUCCAUCAGCUCCAGGCUGGCAUAAAACAAGGUUUUGCCUCCCAUCAAACACCUUCUCUCCUAGCUGGCAUGUGUCUGGGUGGUGAAUAGGCUGCCCUGUCACACACACCCCUUUGCCUGGGGCUAGGAUUCCUCUGCUGGACUACUUGUGUAGGACCUAUACAGACCACUGAAGCUCCUCGACCACUGGGGUUUUGUUCACCCCUUGCUCCCCUCACCUCUGCAUCCUGAAAUCCCUCCAGGCAUUGCACACACACUUGCUAGCCAGUCUUCUGUACCGUAACGAGAAAGGUCCAUUCCCAUGUGGAUGGAACACGACCCGUCCAGAUGUUGUGUACAUGCAGGAAGGGAUCUCUGUAGGUCUUUAUUGAGCAUUCCUUCCGAUUUGCUUGGACUGUUUUUAUACGUCUUCCAGUUAAUCAUACAUUCAUCUCACACUAUUCAGCGCAUUUCCCUGUCACUAGCCUAAUUGUAAAAAAAGGGGAUUUGUUGUGCUAGGAUUACGUAACACUUUUAAGUGGGUUUGUUGUGCUAGGAUGGCACUGCACUUUGUAAAAAGUGGGUUUGUUGUGCCAGGAUGACUGAGCACUUUAAUCACUUUUAACUGUGCAAACCUCGAUUUCCCGGGAUGCACCUGAAUCCCUCCCACAAAAUACUGACAGUUCGGAGGUGCCCAGAGGGAACAAAGACCAGAGUGCUUUCCCCCAAGGCAGGAUGCAGUCUAUAUGAAGGCCAAACUCAGUGACUCCCAGCAUCUUUUUCUUCUACAAAAAGCAGGUUCAGUCCAGACUAGGAUCACAGCAGAAGUGGGUUAACCAUUUAUUGUUGAAUUUUUCUGCUGGAAAUCAGUGCCCCCCCCCCCAACCUACUAUUUGCCACAACUGGGAAUAGGGUGGUGGGCCUUACACACACAAUUGUGUUUGCAUUUUUCCAAUCAGGACAAAUGACAGCUUUAGGUCAGGAGUUGAUUAUUAACAAGAAAAUUGUUGGGGGGAAAGGAUUAACCCCUCCCCCCCCCCACGUUAACUCUCCCAAACUUGGUUGGCGGGCCCUGAACCUGCUUUUUGUAAAAUCAAAAGUAAUUGGGAGAUACAAGCCAUAGGAAGCACAGGUCACCAUCUUAUACCAUCAGACCACUGAUCCACUGAUCUAACUCAGUAUUGUCUGCACUGACUGGCAGUGAUUCUCCUGGAUUUUCAGACAAGGGUUUUUCCCAUCCAAUCUGGAGAUGCAGAGGAUUGAACCUGGGACCUUCUGAGUUCAAAGCAGAUGCUCUACCACUUAGCUUUGGCCCUUUUGUAGUUUGAUCCUGAGCCAACUGUUUCUCUCAGCCAUGCUGACCGUGUCUCAUUUAGUGCGUGGUGUUCAUGGGCUACCAUGCUCCUGUUUCUGCCCCUCUUCACAGCAGGGAUUGUCCUCCUAUGCAAUCUUUGGCACUCCAGAUGUUGCUGUAGAACCACCAUCAUCCCUAAGCAUUGGCUUUGUUGGUUAGAGCUGAUGGGAGUUGAAGUCCAGCAACACCUGGAGGGAACACAGCUUCCCUAGCUGUCCUCUAAGCUACUUGGUACAUAAGGAAUCUAGAGUCCUUACUUCAAUUGAGCCUAUUUUUAUUGUCAACCAAAGAAAAAAAGAAAAAUUUUGGCAGGUUGGCACUUGUAAUAUUAAUAUUAAUAAUACCCAAACAUUUAGCUUACAAAUAAACAUGAAAUGGAUGUUGCUUAUGCAUCAUAUUCACCUUUAUCAUUCUCUUGUGUUUAGAGUUGCAAAAGCUAUUUCUUCAUUCCAAUCAGUUAUUUCAAGUCCCGGAGAAUCUGGAUAAGCUAGAGAAACUGCAGGUUCUGACACUUGAAGGAAACCCUCUGAUGUUCCCAGCGGUGGAAAUCUUUAGCCAAGGGUUGCAAGUCACCAUGCAGUACUUGCGAGAUGAAAGAUACGAAAAGGCCUUGACCAUAACGGUACAGAGAACACACACAAAAAGCCACAUGGGUCUGCAGCACGUUGUAGUGACAAUUCAGUGGAACUGUGGGUGGGCCACAGGAUUUUAAAUAGUGGAAGCAAAGUAGCAGAUACCCCCACCGGAAAAUAUUCUGAUUAGGGUGCAUUAUCUCCCGGUACAUUGGUAUGACUUGGUAUUAGAGAACAGAGAAAAGAACAAGGGGAAAAGGAGCAGGUCUGGUCAGGUAGGAGAGUAUUUUCCUCCUGACUUUGAGAAGAAGCUGGUGGGACAAGGUAGACAGGCAUUAGCAGAACCUUUGAGAGCUCCAAGUGAACAUGGCAGCUUUUGCUAAUCUGGUGUUUUGGACAACCUGAUGGGAGUUCUAGCCCAAAGCAUGGAGGGCACGAGGCUGGCAAACACCGCCUACUGGCUCCUACAAACUCUAGGAGCACUUUUAAAGAGGCAGCCCCCUGGCAUAUAAGCCAGCAUACCUCCUCCUCUUGGUUAAUUCCCUCAGGGCUCUGCUGAUGGCCCAACAUAGUGAUGUGUAGGGUCCAUGAUGUUGAGGAGGACUGUUCUUUGGAGAGGACAGGCACAGAGGUUACUGACUCUGGAGAGCUCCUAAUUCAGGAGUCCUAAUGGGGUACUGUAUGAGGGAGUAGCAGAAGGGGGAGUGGUGCCAGAAGAAUUCCUGCAAGAGAUUUUUUGUCCACAUGACUGAGCCUUGGGAGGAAAGCGGGAACACAGCAUCCAUUUUAUGUGCCAACAUUUGAAAUCUGAAAAACAAAUAGCUAGGAAUGGACAGCGAAGCCUAGGUCUGUCCCAUUUCAGUUUCAUUAUUUAAUCGUAGGCCUGUUCAGCAUGAACUUCUCCCUUGUUCUCUUAGAGCGGCCAUGGUGCCCACCUGAGAGGUGCCUGAGCUGAGCUCUGGUGAGCUCCAGCUGGAAAAAAGCCCUGGGUCUCUUCCAUCCCAUAUUGUGCAUUUUUAAAAAGAAUGUAUGAAAAGUUCAGUUUAAAUUGUAUGCCUUAUUGUAUGUCUUUCCCCUAAAAUAGAUAUUUUUUCAAUGCAUGUCUCCAUAACAUGCAUUUUGGCAGUAAAAUACCUAUUUCUGUGUGCCCUUUUUUCGCACACCAAAACUGCAUUGUAAAAUCCAGAGAAGCAGAGUUGUGCUCCAAUCUGGUAGCAAGUUUGCAGCCAUCAAAUUGGUCUGUCUGCUGUAAGAACAAAAUGAGCUAAUUCUUCUCCCAUCCCUACAAACAGCUGCUUUUUCUUUUUCUUUUCAUUUUAAUGCUUAUAUGGUUGUUUCUCCCUCCCCUCAAAGGUCCAGGCUUGGUGGCGUGGCUUGAUGGUGCGCAGAGGGAUUGGAGCCUUUGGCGAGAUCCUGAAAAUGAUCAGGAGAGGCAAGAAAGAGAAGAAAGAGAAGAAGAAGGAGAAAGACAAAAAGGGAAAAGACAAAGGAAAAGGAAAAGACAAGGGCAAGGAAAAGGACAAAGGCAAGGGCAAGAAGAAAUAACUGCAUUCUGUGAUACCUCAAAGGGCCAGGGGAAUAAAUACAAGC